CUCACGCAGUGGCUGUCGGGAGAGGUGCAGGCUGCGGUCCCUCUGCGUGACCCCGUCAGUGUGCAAGCUGUGAGCUGCGAGGGCCCCGCGUGGGAGCUUCUGGAGAGAUGAACUGGGUCGGGGGAUCCCGGACCAGGGUUCUGAUAAAACAAGAAAGAAGAAAGCAGAAGGAAUACUUUGAAAGAAAUAAGUUAAAAUCAAAAAUGAAAUUACUAGGUGUUUUCUCACCUGUCAAGAAUCCUUCUGUCAGUUUAGACCUCCUGAAUCUGUAUAUGGUAAAUCAGAUAUCUUCCAAGAAGGAAAUAUCGGAAACCAUGAAAAGACCAACUCAUGUGAAUAUGAAUAGAGAUUUGAAAAUCCCUCUAAGAAAGCAUAAUUUAGAACUUCCAAUGUCACCUCACUGUGUACCUUCUAAACUGUGCAUUGAUGAUGUGGAGAACAGUGUACCCUAUCAAAGAUUCUAUAGCAAGGAAGAAACUGGCCCGGUUCAAUCAUCACAUGACAUGAACUCAUACAGAAUGCUCAAUGAGACAGAAAACUGCAGUUAUAUUCCAUCGUCUUUUCCAGAAGAAUUACCCACCAACAGACAUAUUCUGAGCCAACGUUCCACCCCAAUAGCUCCAAGCCCUCGGCAAUUUGCAUAUGAAAACCCCCACACUGGGCAGCUCAGUAAUGGACAAUUUCCUGAGUCCUUAUUUUCCAAAUUAAAUAAACAUCAAAGUGUUUUCAGUUCAUCUCGGGAAACAGCGGAGUUUGGAGCGUCAUAUGAGAGAACAAACAGUUCAGAAACUGGUGAUUUCCUGACUGAAUCACAGAUCUCUGUGAUGAUGGGUGACGAGUGUGGAAUUCUUUAUGAACGAAGACAGCCAGACUUUGCUGUGGUGAAAACAUCAGUGCCACAGAUUGGUGCAAAUAGUGGAGAAGAAUUCUCUCAUUUUCUUGAAGAUGGGAUCCACCCAACUCAGAGACAUCUGCCAGACCAUCACGACUCUUUCAUUAAUCACAACAUGAUCAAUUUAUUAAGCAGAGAUCAGCCUGGGAGAAGGGCAACCUUUAAUCAGUGUGGUUAUGAUUGCCUGAGUGACGCCCAUGUCGUGUCUUCUGAUGAAAGCCAGUCCACUAAUGGGUUCAUUCCUAGGAAUUUUACAGUUCCACGGGCAGCUUCUCCUAACCGUCCUUUUAGUGCAAGUUACAUAGAAACAUGUCAGUCAAACAGGCCCUGCCAGAAGCAGUACACUAACAAUGAAAGAAAUGAACUUAGAAGAUCUUUGGAGAAAGACUGUUACCCAGUCAGCUGUGGAAGAAGAGGAAAAAUUGAAAGUAAUAACCAGUUGAAAACAUUGCAGAGAAAUUCCCAGGAAUCCCCAGUGUACACUAUGGCUGAAAUUCCUUUGGAAGAAUUACAUCAUAAACAGUCAUGUGAUUUUGGCCAGAAUGAGAUGCCAGUGGAAAGAAGAACAGGUCCUUUAAAAGGGAGGCCAGUGCCUGCUGAGAAAAUCUACCUGGAGUCUUCCCAGAGCAGCCAGUCCACCAGCUACUCUCCACGGCCAACCGACAGCACGUUCAGCUCCAGUUCUGAACUGCUAUCUGAAGAUGAAGAUCAGAAUCAGCAACAAAUUGAACAUUCAAACAAGAAAGCCACAGAAACGACUGAUCACGGUGGUCUAGAAAAGGUGGAAGGUCACUUAGGGGACAUAACUGUGAAAGACAAUGCCAAAGUUCAUAGAGAGAAUCAUAAAUCUCACCAGUCCUCAGAGAAAGAUAAUAGCGAUACAUUUCCAGAGUCUCAGUGCAAUUCAGAGCACACACCACAAAACAAAAGCACCGCUAACUGCGUGCUCCGGGCUGGGAGAUGUGAUGUAGGGGUACAGACAGAGGAAGCACCCCUGGUGGGGAGCAGAGCAGAUGUCGCUGUGCAGUGCACCAUCAUUGCACCGUGCUCAUGUAAGAGUAGUCCCAGCGUUGACACAGAGGAGGAGUCCUCCCUUUCCAAAGCAGGCAGCUGUACUGAAGAUAUGAUGUCAGAUACCACCGGAGGGCAGGAAACACCCACAGAUAACUAACUCUAAAAUCUGAAGUAGGAAGUAGUGUUUCAUUUAACCUAGGAAGGCAAUAGGAAAUGUUCAGACCUCCUCCGUUAACAUAAUACAUAAUGAGAAAAUGAAGCUGAACAUAGGACGUCUGACUGUUGUUAGUGUACAGUUUUAACAUUCGUGAAUUUAAUAGUCCUCUAAUAGUCUUGUCUUAGUCAGGGUUCCUAUUCCUGCACAAACAUCAUGACGAAGAAGUUGGGAGGAAAGGGUUUGUUCAGCUUACAUUUCCACAUUGCUAUUCAUCACCAAAGGAAGUCAGGACUGGAACUCAGGCAGGUCAGGAAGCAGGAGCUGAUGCAGAGGCCACGGAGGGAUGUUACUGACUGGCUUGCUUCCCCUGGCUUGCUCAGCUUGCUGUCUUAGAGAACCCAAGAUUACAAUCCCAGGGAUGACACCACCCACAAUGGGCUGGGUCCUCCCCCGCUUGAUCACUCAUUGAGAAAAUGCCUUAGAACUGGAUCUCAUGGAGGCAUUUCCUCAAGGGAGGCUCCUUUCUCUGUGAUAACUCCAGCUUGUGUCGAGUUGACACACAAAACCAGCCAGUACAAGCCUUACUCGUAGAAAAUUUGCACACAUACAUACAUAUAUAUAAUUUGCCAUUCUUGAUAUAUAUGUCACCAUUCUCAUGUUUACUUGUCUUUAUUUGAAUUAAAAGUCCACAACUACUUUA